GUGUGUGUGUGUGUGUGUGUGUGUGUGUGUGUGUGUGUGUGUGUGGAGGCGGAGCGUGCACCACAUAAACGCUCCACCUCGCCCGUCCGCCCCCAUCCCGCACCACCCAGCAGGUAAGCGUUGCCUACACGCCACAUGAGUGACAGUGCGUUAUGUUGCGCUGGGAGCUGCUCCUGCUGACGGUGGUGCCUGUGCUUUGCUUGUAUCCUGCGACAAGUAAGGGAUGGUACCGUGGGCACAUCAGACAGCCAGGGACGUGGGGUCUUUUCUCUGAGCACAUGAACACAGGGGCGCCCAGACGGACACACCUUCACUCGUCAUUUUUACGUACCUCGAUACUUUCCACGCCUCACUUCACACAUCUCGUCCCUCGCCAUCCAUCUCCCGGCACCCCACCCCGUCCUUGCCUAGCGGGGUGGUGGAGGCCUUGCCGGGGGUCGUGGCGAAGGUGAUGGAAAAGUACGGGCCUGCUGCUGCCUCACCCCCUGCCCCUGUCUAUCCCAACACAGAGCCACCGGUCAUAUGGUUCCCCCAGCAGGAAGAGGAAUGCCCCGAGGUUUCGGAGGGCGGUGGAUUUAGCCCCUUUGGCCUCCUGGCGUUGCUAGUGGCAGCCGCCAACCUGGUGAGUCUGCUUGCCUCCAACGCUAACAAUAAUAAUAACAACAAUAACAACGACAACAACGUCAACAGUAAUCUUCUGCAGGCUGGUAACGAGGUGAACGCCAACAACAACCCCAAUGUCUACAGCGCGAUUGUGACUGGCAUGGGUAAGAGGAGGCGGCGAGAUGCGACAAGGCUUUGCCAGGCGGGGCAAGAAGUGAUCACAGGGGAGGAGGUGGUGGGUGUGGUAGGUAUGGCCAUUCUGAGGAGCUAUCUGCAAGCGGUGCUGACGAAGGGACGGGAGGAGUGUGUUGCUCUCAGCGUAUGCUUGGCCCAUGCGGAGGUGGCGGAGUGGGGAGACCUGGCGAGUGUUGUUGCUGAAGGCUUGAGCGAGGCUCACGUGGAUUGGGUGACGCAGGUGUCCUCAGGAGUGUCCAGAGAGACGCUUCUUACCGCCGCUGAGAAGGGGCACCUUGGGGAAUCCUGCGUCCUGCUGUACCCUUGUCCUGCAGGAGUGUGGGCAACCCUGACGCAGCCUUUUGCUCUUCUGCACGCUCUUGUCAGCCUUGCGGGACCUGAAGAAGGGGAAGUGUCGUGAUUUAAGUCGAAACUCUCUGUCUGUCUGCUGGUGUUAGUGCCAUUCCUCUUUUAUUUCAAGUGGUUUCCUUCUUUCUCUCUUUAUUUUCCCAGAUUUCUUUUAUUUUCUUUGAUUUUUCCUCUCAUUUUCCCGCCCAAUUUUCGUCACGGUUCAUGCAACUCUCUCCUUUUAUUCACACACACACACACACACACACACACACACACACGGUACACGCCCGGUAGCUCAACGGU